UGGCGCUGAUAACACGUCGCGGGCGCAGGGCGGGGCUCGCAACACCGCUGCGAGCUGGGCCCGGCUCCGCACCCCCACAGGCUGAGGGGGAAGCCGCGGCCCGACCGGGCACUCAGACCAGCCUGGCGCUAGGGACGCUGGGGUCCGGCGCCCUCUGACCCACGAGCUGCGAAAAAAGCCCCAUGAGGGGGAGGCUGGUUCCAGCUUGAGGGACUGAGCGGGCCCUGGCGCGAGGUGAAUUUAACGUCACUAUUGGCAGGCUACUCGCCCAACCAGCAGCUCUUCCCGCCCUUUACUUGUAGGCGGGAUUUCCGCUUGGCGGUCGCCUUGUUGCCGGAAAUCUGAGUAACAUCACUUCCGGAGAGUAGAGCCAGUUGCUAGGCUGCUAGUCGGACCCUUUGUAGCUUCCGGUCUAGUCGUGUGUGCGCGGGAGUCUCUUCCGGGUUUGCGGGCACCAUGAGCACUAUGUUCGCCGAUACUGUCCUCAUCGUCUUCAUCUCGGUGUGCACGGCGCUGCUGGCCGAGGGUAUAACAUGGGUGCUGGUUUACAGAACAGAGAAAUACAAGAGACUGAAAGCUGAAGUGGAAAAACAAAGCAAAAAAUUGGAAAAGAAGAAGGAAACGAUAACUGAAUCAGCAGGCCGACAGCAAAAAAAGAAAAUAGAGAGGCAAGAGGAGAAGCUGAAGAACAACAACAGGGACCUGUCGAUGGUUCGAAUGAAGUCCAUGUUUGCAAUUGGCUUUUGCUUUACUGCCCUCAUGGGCAUGUUCAACUCCAUAUUUGACGGCCGAGUGGUGGCAAAACUUCCUUUUAUCCCCCUCUCCUAUAUCCAGGGCCUGUCCCAUCGCAACCUGCUCGGGGAGGAUUACACUGACUGCUCCUUCAUCUUCCUCUACAUUCUCUGCACCAUGUCUAUCCGACAGAUCUCUGUUGCUUUUUCCUCUGGAGGUGCCAAGGGACUUAGAAACCCUUACAGCAGGUCAGCAGAGGAAAUGACUCUUGUGCCAACUUCUAACAGAGGGGUCAGGAUGGGCUUGGUGAAGUGGCUCAAUAGAAUGAAAGCUCCUUUACCCCAGAAUAAGUGCAUGGAUCAAACAGAUUCUCUCCCUCCUUCCACAGCAGGAUCCUUCAUUAAAUCAGAUCUGUGUCCAGUCUUGUGUAAAGGAACAAGGCAAACAAAUUAGCAAAAGCCAUCAAGUCCACCGACCCCUUAUUAAAUGCUCUCAGCACAGCAGGUCUUGUCAAGUGCUCUUUCCCUGGCCUGGAACUAGAACAGCAGGUGCUGUUGUGUGCUGAGGGGUUUGUCUAGUUUUUGUGGUUUCUGUGUCACCCACUGGGAAGCUUUUGUGU